GGAGGGCCGGACCCGCCGCUGGCGGUGUAGACGCCGACGAGGAGGGGCUGGGAAAAUGUGCGCAGCGCCCGCCAGGGUCGUGCCCGCCCUAGACGGAUGAAGCAGCGCGCUGCGCCCCGGCGCUGAGGCCCCAGGAUCGGGGCGCAGGUCGCCCUCCCCACCAUGAAGAAGACCCGGAGCACAACCUUGCGGCGAGCCUGGCCUAGCUCGGAUUUCUCGGACCGGGCCUCGGACCGCUUGAGGUCCCGCAGCGAGAAGGACUACCGCCUGCACAAGCGCUUCCCCGCGGCCUUCGCGCCCCAGGCUUCGCGGGGCUACGUGACAUCAGGUGAUGUAUCACCCAUCAGUAUGUCUCCCAUCAGCCAGUCCCAGUUUAUUCCACUCGGGGAGAUCCUGUGCUUGGCCAUCUCAGCGAUGAACUCGGCGAGAAAGCCCGUCACGCAGGAGGCGCUGAUGGAACACCUGACCACGUGUUUCCCAGGUGUUCCCACCCCCAGCCAAGAAAUUCUGCGGCACACGCUGAACACGCUGGUCCGCGAGCGCAAGAUCUACCCCACUCCCGACGGCUACUUCAUCGUGACUCCGCAGACCUACUUCAUCACGCCUUCCCUCAUAAGAACUAACAGCAAGUGGUACCACCUGGACGAGCGGGUGCCCGAGCGGUCUCAGUGCGCCUCCCCGCAGCCCGGGACCAUCACGCCGUCCGCCUCAGGCUGCAUCAGGGAGAGGACUUUGCCCAGGAACCACUGCGACUCCUGCCACUGCUGUCGCGAAGACCUGCACAGCGCGCACGCGUCCACCCUGCAGCGAAAGCCCGCCAAGGAUUGCAAGGACCCCUACUACUGCCCGCCGUCGCUCGGCCAGGCGCCCGCCACGGAGAAGAGCAAAAGCACUGUCAACUUCUCCUACAAGACGGAAACCCUUUCCAAGCCUAAAGACAGUGAAAAGCAGUCCAAGAAGUUCGGGCUCAAGUUGUUCCGGCUGAGUUUUAAGAAGGACAAGACCAAACAGCUCGCCAACUUCUCCGCCCAGUUCCCCCCCGAGGAGUGGCCUCUGCGGGACGAGGACACGCCCACCACCAUCCCGCGCGAGGUGGAGAUGGAGAUCAUCCGGCGCAUCAACCCGGACUUGACGGUGGAGAACGUCACGCGACACACGGCGCUCAUGAAGAAGCUGGAGGAGGAGAAGGCGCACCGCAGCAAGGCGGGCUCGUCCGCGCACCACAGCGGGCGCAGCAAGAAGACCAGGGCGCACCGCAAGCCGCACGGCAAGGCGCGCUCGCACAGCAAGACGCGCGCGUCCAAAGGCGUGCCCUCCGACGGCUCCCACCGGGACCUGCCCGCCGAGCGCGAGUACGACUUCUGCGACCCGCUGAGCAGGGCGCCCCGCGAGGGCUGCUUCAUCAUCGAGCACAAGGGAGACAACUUCAUCAUGCACAGCACCCCCAGCGCCAUCGAGGCCCACUUCCCCAUGACUCCGGAAUGGGACGUGUCCGGAGAGCUGGCCAAGCGGAGAACUGAGAUGCCUUUCCCGGAGCCCUCCCGGGGCAGCUCCCACUCCAAAGUGCACCGAAGCCACAGCCAUACCCAGGACCGGAGGUCCAGGAAUGAGCGGACCAACAAAGCCAAGGAGCGGUCCCGGUCCAUGGACAACGCCAAGGGCCCGCUGGGGGCCUCCUCCCUGGGGACCCCGGAAGACCUGGCGGAGGGCUGCAGCCAGGACGACCAGGCCCCCAGCCAGCCCUACAUCGACGACAGCACUUUAAGGCCUGCACAGACGCUCGGGCACCCAAGGGCUCACAUUUCGGCCACGAGCUACAAGGAGGUGUGUAUUCCAGAAAUCGUCGGUGGCAGCAAGGAACCUUCCAGCGCCUGUAGCCUUCUGGAGCCAGGCAAGCCGCCCGAGAGCUUGCCGUCUUACGGUGACCUCAGCUCCUGCCCGACAAAAGCAGCUACGGACGACUAUUUCCAGUGCAACACCUCCAGCGAGACCGUGCUCACCGCGCCCUCGCCUCUGGGGAAGAGUAAAGAGGACCAGGACACUCUGACCCUGGCGGAAGGGGUGAAAAAGCUGCCCCUGUGCGACAGGCAGACCCCACAUUCCUCCAGGGAGCCUGCAGGGCACAAGGAGGAGUCCCCCAAAGGGCCAGGUGGGAUCCCAGCCCCUUUGGGCGCCAUGGCCGAAGGGAUCGCCAAUGGCCGCCUUGUCCAGCACCACAAUGCUGAGCCCAGCAGCCUGGACAAGAGGAAAGAGAUAUUCAGCAAAGACACACUGUUCAAACCUCUCCACAGCACCUUGUCUGUAAACAGCUAUCACAAGUCCAGCCUGUCCCUCCUCAAAGCCCACCCAAAGACACCUGCGGACACACUGCCAGGACGGUGCGAGAAGCUGGAGCCAGCCCUGGGGACCUCGGUGGCACAGGCCAUGCCUGCUUCCCAGCGUCAGCAGGAGCCUGGGGCCACCCAGGAAGCCUCUUUUGACUAUUACAACGUCUCUGAUGACGACGACUCCGAGGAAGGGGGGAACAAAAACGCGGAGGAGGAGAAAAACAGAGAGGAUGUUGGCACCAUGCAGUGGCUCCUGGAGAGGGAGAAGGAGAGAGACUUGCAGAGGAGAUUUGAGAAGAACCUCACCCUUCUAGCCCCCAAAGAAACCGACAGCAGCAGCAACCAGAGAGCCACCCAUUCGGCACGGCUGGACAGCAUGGACAGCAGCAGCAUCACCGUGGACAGUGGAUUCAACUCCCCACGCACUCGGGAGAGCCUGGCUUCCAACACGUCAAGUAUUGUUGAAAGUAACCGUCGUCAGAACCCUGCCUUGAGCCCGGCCCACGGAGGAGCAGGCCCGGCCUUCAACUUCCGAGCCAGCACCGACCCCCCCACCAACGAAGCUGAGAAACUACAGAAACCUUCCAGCUGCUUGCAAGCUUCUGUGACUAGUGUGUGACAUCCUUCGGCCUCGGGUCUCCUGUCUCAGCACGCUACAGCCAAGUUUAUGACACUGGGACUGAUGUUUACAUCUUGGGAAAGACAAGCAUCUUGACCACAGUUUUUGUGUUGACUAAACUGUGCUGCUAAGUAAGCUAGGG